AUGUUCCCGCAGGCCCCUCCUUUCAAAGGUGCCCUACGCUUGGCGCGAUUGUCAGACAUCCCCCGUAUCGGCGUGGUGGCUGCGGCAUCCUUCUAUCAUUCAUCAUGGUUUCACUAUGAGAGGCCCUACUUUGAGAAAUACCCCCGCGAUACGCUUUCCAGCUAUCGGAAUUCCUUUAGAAAUGCAAUCCUUGAUUCGGAUUCAAUCGUGCUCGUGGUGGAGGACAAUUUGAAUACCACCGAGGCCUCCAAAGUUUACGAGGCUCUUGCCGGCGUGUAUCCAGCAUUCGAUGAGCAAAUUCCAAAAGAGAUGCUCGAGAAAGGCAAGGCGGUUGUGGCCGUGGCUAGCUUCUCUCUUUUGCCGAAUUCCAAACGACAUGGGCAAUUCCAGCCAGAAGAUGACCCUCCGCCAAUUGACGAUCCCGUCUUGUCCCGAGACAAACAUCCGUUGGGAGGGAAAACCAUGGACGAGGUUCUCCAUCCGGAGGAAGUCAAGACUUUUAAAGACCGCAUGGUGAUCGACAUGAUGGUUACGCAUCCAGCCUACUGGAGAAAAGGACAUGCGACUACCAUCACGGAUUGGUUCCUGGAGCUGGCGAAGCUGGAUGGAAUCGGACUCGGCGUGGCUGGCGCACCGAUGGGUAAAGCAUUUUUCUCGCACAAAGGCUUCAAAGAGGCAAAAACGGUGGAGAUUCCAGGCUACGAAGCUCACCCAAGCCCGAUAUAUGCCUGGCUGGGGCUCCUUGAUGUCAAGAAGGAUCAGGCGUAG